AUGUCAGGUCAUGAUCAUGGCCUUCAACAUUUCGCCAAGUUUUCUAAGGAUGACUGGACUCCUGAUCGGGAUGGCUCCGAUGAUGAUGGAGAAGACUUGGACGUGGAGAAACCAACCAAGAAACUAACCAAACAGCAUGACGAACAUCGUGAGGAUGGCUCCGAUGAUAGUGACUCAGACUCCGAUAAUGGUCAAGAGAGGCCAAAGCAGGAUACUCUGACCGAGCCCACAGUGAAACCUAGCAGGGUCAACCCGACCUUGGAAGAGGAUAGAGACUCGGGAUCAGAUUUGGGCUCAGACGAUGCUACGAUCACUGUAGAUACCAGCCCCGAGCUUCAGCCUUGGUACAACGACACCCGGGCUCUCUCCCAUGAAGUACCAUCGGACACUGAGGUCUUGACUGAUGAUACAUUUUGGGAAGCUGACCUGGGCUGUGGGGUGGAGUCGGCCGAUCGAGCGAAGAAGAGAAAAUUCACUGAUGAGGAGGAUACACCCUGCAAGUUUCCUCAGUUAGAGAAGGGGUACAAACUUGGCCUGAGGAGUGCCCGACCAGGCAAAGUCAAAUGCCAAGCUGCCUCAGCUGUUAUCCAAGCGACUGUCAAACCAGCUCAAGCAACCAAUCUGAGGUCGGACACAACCAAAGCUUCGAAUAGCUUUGAUUUCACUAAGUCAAGUGGUGUCAACGCAAAACGACCAGUCCCUUCAAAACAAAAGGAGUCAGAGGCCUGUCCCAGUCAGCAACCAUCUAUUGAUGUCCCCACCAAGCCCAAACCAAAACCGUGUCCUAUCAUGAAAGGCAAGGUUUCUACAGGGGAACUCGGUAUAGUAACCCGAGAACGGUCGAAAAAGAUUGCUGAAGAAAGUGUUCGUUCCACCCGGUCCAAGAAAGUUUCAUUUGUCAGUUGA